CCGCGUCCCGAGUCUCGCCCAGAGGCGACGGAUCUCCGCAGACAUGGUGGGGUCGCGACUGGUGUCUGUAUGGGUGUUGCCAUUAAUCCUGCGGGCCGGCGCAAGUGCAGAUGCUGCAGGUGGGAUAAUAUGCGUGGCUCUGGGGAGGAGGGCGACUCACAUUGACUCUUGUCCAGGCCAGAGCCUGUCGUUUGAAUUCCCCAAACCGGACAGGGUCACACCCAUGGAGGAGGCGAAAGGUGAAAUCUGUCUGCUAAUGUGAAGUAAGAUGUUGGUUUUCGCUUUGCUUCAUACAUGGAUAAUUACAUGGUGCUGCAGAAGGAGCCUGCAGGAGCUGUGAUCUGGGGCUAUGGCAUAUCUGGAGCCACAGUGACAGUGACUCUGUGCCAAGAUCAGGAAACCAUCAUGAAGAAAGUGACCAGUGUGAAAGCACACUCUAAUAGCUGGAUGGUGGUACUGAAUCCCAUGAAGCCUGGUGGGCCUUAUGAAGUGAUGGCACAACAGACUUUGGGGAGAACAAACAUCACUCUGAGAGUUCACGAUGUCCUGUUUGGAGACGUCUGGCUUUGCAGUGGGCAAAGUAACAUGCAGAUGACAGUUUUACAGAUAUUCAAUGCUACAAGGGAGCUGUCCAACACUGCUGCCUAUCAGUCUGUCCGCAUUCUCUCCGUGUCCCUCGUCCAGGCGGAGCAGGAGCUGGAGGACCUCGGUGGCGUCGACUUGCCGUGGUCUAAGCCCACCUCCGAAAAUUUAGGCCAUGGAAGUUUCACCUACAUGUCAGCGGUGUGUUGGCUUUUUGGGCGCUACCUGUAUGACACCGUGCGGUACCCCAUUGGGCUGAUCUCCUCCUCGUGGGGUGGGACACCCAUUGAAGCCUGGUCCUCUGGAAGGUCUCUGAAAGCCUGUGGGGUGCCUAGGCAUGGGUUCAUUCCAUCUGAUUCUGUAACGGGUCCCAGUGGGUACUCUGUUCUCUGGAAUGCCAUGAUCCAUCCACUACAUAAUAUGACUCUGAAAGGGGUGAUAUGGUACCAGGGGGAGGCCAAUGCAAAUUUUAACAGAGACCUGUACAAUUGCACGUUCCCUGCACUCAUUGAAGACUGGCGCCAAACCUUCCACCGAGGCUCCCAGGGGCAGACGGAGCGCUUCUUCCCAUUUGGAUUUGUCCAGUUAUCUUCAUAUUUGUCUGGUGCAACUUCAGACGAUCAAUUUCCCCAGAUCCGGUGGCAUCAAACAGCAGACUUUGGCAACGUCCCCAACCUCAGGAUGCCCAAUACUUUCAUGGCUGUAGCUAUGGAUCUUGGUGAUAGGAACUCACCUUUUGGCAGCAUCCACCCUCGUGAUAAGCAGACUGUGGCGUAUCGGCUGCACUUAGGGGCCCGUGCUGUGGCUUAUGGUGAGAAGUUGAUCUUCCAAGGACCAUUGCCUGAGAAGAUCGAACUCUUGGCUGACAAGGGGCUGCUCAACCUCACGUAUUCCCAGCAAGUCCAGGUGCAGAGGCAGGACGACAAGAUAUUCGAGGUCUCAUGCUGCAGCGACCAUGUGUGCAAGUGGCUUCCAGCUCCCAUGAGCAUUUCCUCCACUCAGACCCUGGCCCUGAAUAUCCGUUUUUGUCGUGGUGCUCUGGGUGCUGUUCGCUACGCCUGGACCACGUGGCCUUGUGAAUAUAAACAGUGUCCCCUAUACCACCGCAGCAGCACCCUGCCGGCGCCUCCCUUCACUGCUCUCACUACAAACCGCAUCCCUGGUCAGCACAGCAAGUUGCGAAGUGACUUAGUGGCAGUAUGAUCAGAUUUUAAGACACAAGUGUGGAUCCUUUAGCUUUGGGCAUUUAGGAGUUUAACCUCUUUGACAACUAUUGCUUUUAAAGUAAAUUAACAGAAAAGCCUCACUGGACAGCUCCCAGGAACAUUUGGCUGUUUCUAUAUUCUGAUGGGCCAUGGCUGGUGGGCGAACAGCAUACUUGCCUUUUGUCCCCUAGUUAGUCCAGGUGUCUGUACUGGACUAAUUCCUAAGUGCAAACUGAACCUCAGUGCCCUUCACUUCCCCUAUUGUCAGGAGUUCAAUGUCUAACACUUUUGUCUCCUUAUAUCCAGAAUUGUGGAGACUCAGGGUUGGAAGACAUUUCAAGGUCAUGUAGGUCAGAUAGUAUUUACGUGUUCUUCACAAAAUCUGACAAGUGGUUAUUGAAUCUCUGUAUGAAGUCUCCAUUCUAGACUUCCCAAGUUUUUCCUUAUGUGGAACUGAAAUCUCUUCCACUAUACAGCAGUGUUUCAGAUGCCUGAACAUAACCCUGUGUUCUUUCUAAGCCAGAAACAAUUUUAUUCCUUCAGUCUAAGUUAUGAUAAUAUGAAUGGUAAAACAAACCUGACCCAGGAGGGGGCCACAGGCUUGGGAAAACGUCAGUAGAGGUCACUGAGAGGCAAUGGGGUAGAGUUAAAUAUAAGUCUCAGGCUCCUUAAAGAUAAGAGAUUUAAAUAUAAAAAGGAUAAUCCAGAUGGAAGGAGAAAGUGAGACUGAAAGCAAAGCUACAUGGUAAGCAUCUAGAAAAAUAAUCCAGAUGGGACUGUGUGAAAGAGGGCUUUUGUGUGUACUGUUAAGAUCAAUGCCAUUGGCUGAUUAAAAACAGCCAACACCACUUGAUAACUGUGUUAUCUAUUGUAGCAGUUGGAAAUAAAAGUAUAAUCAUUAGUGAUAUGUAUAUAUUUACAUCCAGUCAAAACUGGGUUAGGAACAGGCUUCUGAAUUAUUCUUGGAGGCAUGAGAAAGGAGUACAACAGAUCUCUGAGCGGCUCCCAUCCCAUGAUGUGAAAUGACUACCAAAGCUCUACGCAGCGCUCUGUCCCUCCUGCCCCGAGUCCUGGUGCGGCUGUCGACAGCAUGAAGAACUGUCAGCGCCAGGAUUUUGUUUAGCAAAACACUACAACUAUGUGCAAGGAGCUUUGGUUCAUCUGAGGACUUCCUAGUGUACAAUUAACUCUGAACACCCAUGCUUUGACCUCUUAUGCACCUGCGUCUAAUGGGAAC